AUGGGGUCCAUCAAUGCUCCAUUCGUCGUCUUUGGGUACGGCUCGCUGAUAUUCAAGCCCCCACCCCAUGUCCAAUCCCAGACCUCCGGAUUCCUGAAAGGCUACGUGAGGCGCUUCGCUCAGGAAUCGCAUGAUCAUCGUGGCACACCCGAGAAUCCGGGGCGUGUGGUGACUCUUAUCCACAAGGAGGAUUGGGAUCGCUUUUCCCAGUCUGAUGCAUUUCCGGAUGAAGAUAUUGUUUGGGGUAUAGCGUACACGAUUGACCCGGAAUAUGAGGCAGAAGUUAGGGAUUACUUGGGUGAAACUGGGCAUCCGAUCAUCCGGGGUAAUAUAAUGGAUCAGGACGGAUACACAAUGGAGACGCUGCAUGUAUACACCAUAGAGAAUGGAAUAGAAAAAAUUGCAAUUCAGGAUUGUUAUGUCGGUCGGCCAGAUAACCCGUCAUUCAUUGGGUCAGAACCAUUGGAGGACUUGGCACAGCGGAUAUGGGUCUCCGAAUAUCUGUAUCGUCUGGCGGAAUCAGUUCGCCAGCUUGCACCAGCAUCGUACGACUCUCACCUGUUUGCUCUUGAGGGACGACUGCGAGAGCUCGACUCAACGGCAAGUGUUGAUCACUAG